GAUAGCGAGACGAGGACGUCUUUUUUUCUUUUUCUUUUUUUAUUCCGAACCACGUUUAAAGUAAGAGGUAUUUUCAACAAGACAACACAGUUAACGUGUGAGGUUUGCGUGUGUCGUAAUUAACACGAGGGAGAGUCCAAAGUUGGACCUUUUUUCAUCUGUUAAAUAGGCUAGUAUUUUCAUCACCACAAAGAGGGGUUUACAGUCUCUCACAACUUUUCCCGUGGUUCUCUUUUCGGCUUGUUGGACUGGAUGUUAUUUACUUUGGGACUAGUUUUGUGAAACGGAUCCGGAGGGGUUCUCUCUAGACAAUCUUUACUCUCGCUCAUUUGGAAACGUGCCUCUCAUAACGAAAUCACUCACAUAUGAUCCAGAAGCGGAACGGGCUAUAACGUUUAUUGAGGGAAUUUAAAUUUUCCACCCGAGAUCAGUUGGAAACUAUAAAAGACAAACUGUUUGAGGACGAUUUUCUAGAACUUCAAAGUCUUCACCUUACUGUAAACGAAAUAUAUCAGCGAGGAUAAGAAGGCUGUUGGAACUAUGCCUCAAAAAGAAUACUAUAACCGGGCCACGUGGGAGUCUGGCGUCGCGUCCAUGAUGCAAAACAGACAAGAGGUGUAUGACAUCUGUAACGAAGGUCACAGUGGAGUGAACCAGCUCGGCGGUGUGUUCGUCAACGGCAGACCGCUGCCCGACUCCACGAGACAGAAAAUAGUUGAACUCGCUCACAGUGGCGCGCGGCCGUGUGACAUAUCCCGGAUUCUGCAGACCCAUGCUGAUGCAAAAGUCCAAGUGCUGGACAAUGAAAACGUGUCGAACGGCUGCGUGAGUAAAAUCUUGGGUAGAUACUAUGAAACGGGCUCCAUCAGACCCAGGGCGAUCGGAGGAAGUAAACCAAGAGUAGCGACUCCCGAGGUGGUCGGCAAAAUUGCCCAGUACAAGAGGGAGUGUCCGUCAAUCUUCGCGUGGGAAAUCCGAGACAGGCUGCUAUCAGAGGGGGUCUGCACAAACGAUAAUAUACCCAGUGUGUCAUCGAUAAACAGAGUACUGCGCAACCUGGCUAGCGAAAAGCAACAGAUGGGCGCAGAUGGCAUGUAUGAAAAGCUGAGGAUGCUGAACGGUCAGACCGGCACGUGGGGGACCCGGCCGGGCUGGUACCCCGGAACCUCAGUGCCAGGACAGCCCAAUCAAGACGGCUGCCAGCAGUCAGAUGGAGGCGGUGAGAACACAAACUCAAUAAGCUCCAAUGGAGAGGAUUCAGAUGAGACCCAAAUGAGGCUUCAGCUAAAAAGAAAACUGCAAAGAAACCGCACAUCUUUCACACAAGAACAAAUAGAAGCACUUGAAAAAGAGUUUGAGAGAACGCACUAUCCUGACGUUUUCGCACGAGAGAGACUAGCUGCAAAAAUAGAUUUACCGGAAGCAAGAAUACAGGUGUGGUUCUCAAACAGAAGAGCAAAAUGGAGGAGGGAGGAAAAGUUAAGAAAUCAAAGAAGACAAGCCACAAACUCUUCGAGUCACAUACCCAUCAGUAGCAGCUUCAGCACUAGCGUAUAUCAGCCAAUCCCUCAGCCCACAACGCCAGUAUCCUUCACAUCAGGCUCCAUGUUGGGAAGACCAGACACAGCCCUCACAAACACAUACAGUGCCCUGCCACCAAUGCCAAGUUUCACCAUGGCCAACAACCUUCCUAUGCAACCCAGCCAGACCUCAUCCUACUCCUGCAUGUUGCCCACUAGUCCUACGGUGAAUGGGCGGAGCUAUGACACAUACACACCACCGCACAUGCAAGCACAUAUGAACAGCCAAUCAAUGGCCACCUCAGGCACAACCUCAACGGGUCUAAUCUCGCCUGGAGUUUCUGUACCAGUCCAAGUGCCAGGCAGUGAACCAGACAUGUACUGGCCCAGACUACAGUGAGAAAAAGACAUAUGAGAACAAAAAAGAAAAAGAAAACAGAGGAGAGGAAAAGAGAGAGGAGCUCCUUCACCUCCUGAUGUCUUUCGGCUACAAGGCAGGGCUGUUCAGCAGUAUUUUACUAUUGAAGGAAAGGAGGAGACUCUAAAGGACCUUUUUGUACUGGGAUAGUGCCACUUCUCUAUCAUUCUUUGGACACAAAGACUUGAAGAAUAAAAGAGAACAGACUUCUGUAAAGUGCCCGGUGUUAUAUCGUAAAAUG